GUCAGUGUCAAAUUGUCAAAAAAUAAAUAAUAUUUCGUUCAAAUUUGUUUCGCGAAAUUAUCUUAUAAAAAUAUAUUAUAAUUUAUGGUAAAAUAUUAAAAUGCGAAGUUAAUUAAUUACCUAACUACUUACACUUACAAACUUUGUUCAAUUAAAUUAUGUUUAUUUAUUAAACUGAUGAUCCGAAGUCAAUAAAACAAGUGUGAUAGUGUUUGUUCAAAAUAAGUUUAUUAACAAUAAAAACAGCUAUGGAAUCCACGAUUUCUGUGUCAAAGGGUGUGUUUAUAUUCAAAAACAAAUUCAAUAAAUCAAAACAGUUUAAAAAGAAGAUAAAUCUUUUUGAUAGAUUGUUUACAAAAGAGCCAUGGUAUAUUACAUAUAAAUCUAAUUGGGAAUAUAUUGAAACUGAAAUACAGAAACUUCAUCACAGAACAUACAAUGUUCUCCUCAAUGAUAUUGUCAAUUAUGUGCAAUCAUUUUUUGGCAAUUAUAAUUCUGAAAUGAUGGAAGGAAUAAUUCCAAGUGCUACUCUGUUAACGGGUGUGAACCAGCCAGAUCAUGUAUCUCAAUUCAUAACUUUAGUUAAAAAAAUAAAGGAAGAUGUGACACCACAUGUAGCAAUUGUCAAUUCACAAGAUUCCUCUACCUUGAAACAUUUGGUAGAAAAUGCUGUUUCGCAAUUAAUACAUGGUUCUGAAACAUUGGAAUAUGAUGAGGAUGAGGCCAGAGAGGUCGGCUCCAGCCAGUUUAAAAAAAUAAAAAAGAAUCAAUGCACAAUGAAAGUAUUACAGAAGUGGUAUAAUAUCACUUAUACAAAUGCAUCACCAAAGAAAAAGAAACAGAAAUAUACUAAUAAACUAUUAGUAAUAAUUAUACCAGAUUUCGAAAGUUUCAAUUGUAGUAUUCUGCAAGAUUUUGUGAUGAUUGUGAGCUCUUAUACUUCAUCAUUGCCCAUAGUUUUCAUAUUUGGAGUAGCAACAUCUAUCUCUGCAUUACAUAAAUCUUUUCCAUAUCAUGUAUCUUCAAAAUUACUUAUAAAAGUAUUUCAUUCACAUUCGUCUCCUGUGUAUAUGAAUCAAGUUGUAGAAGACAUAUUUCUAACUCACACUUCUCCGUUCCAUUUAUCUGGAAAGGCUUUGGAAUUAUUGACAGAUGUUUUUUUAUUCUAUGAUUUUUCUGUAACAGGAUUAAUUCAAAGUGUAAAGUACUGUAUGAUGGAUCAUUAUUAUGGUGACAAUGUGAAGUCUUUAUGUUGUGAAAGAAAUAGAAUAGAAGAAGUUGUAACGAAUUUAAGUUUGGAUGAUUUAGAAAGCAUCCGACAGUUGAUGUCAUUUCGACCAUUUGUUGAGGCUCAAUUGGAUUGCCAGACUAAAAUAGGUCUCUUUGAAGAUGACGAUUUCUUCAGAGAAGUUCUUAUAAAGGAAAUGCAUAAGCUCCAUGAUUAUAUGUAUACUUUUUAUAUCUGCGUGAGACUAUUACUGUGUUAUAUUAAAGAUAUUCCUAAAAAUCUACUUGGGAAAUCUGUAAGAGAAGUUUAUACGAAAUGUGCAGUAGAAUCUGUAACCAAUACAGCUGCGUUUAAAGAAUGUAUGAUGAUGAUUAAAUUUCAAUCGCAAUUAAAGUUGGCUGAUAGCAUAAAGAAUUCAUUGAAGAUUAUUAAUUCGGCGUUACAAAUUGUGUCCCCUAUCAAACCUCUUAGGUCAACGCCCACUAAAAAUAAUUUAAACAAUAUUGCCUUGAAUGAUAAUCUAGGAGAAUCCUUUUUAAGGACUGUUAGAGUUCAUUUGCUUUUGUUUUCGAGACAAAUUGAAGGCGCAAAUAAUGAAGUUACAGCAUCUAUUCAAGAAUCGGAAGAAUUGGAUAAUGAUAUUGAAAAUGUACCUGGUAAUAGAUAUAAGUUAAAAGAGAAACUCCUAAAAGCAACAAGGACGGAUAGAGUUCAGUCGGAGUUCGAAAUGAUAAGAGAUAGAUUCGUGAGCUAUUUGGAGGCCAUGUUCAAUAAGGGAUUGCAACCGCCGCAUUCGCAAACAUUCCACGAGAUAUUCUUCUUCAGCGAUGUGGGUAAUGUCAGAAAGCAAAUUGUCGGUUCACCACGUGGUGCACAACAUACUGCACUGAGUAAUCCAGUUCAUUAUUUACAGUGUUCGUGUUGUAUAUUGCCGUCGUUGGAGAGCAUAAGCGAUACGUUGCCGGACGUCAGUGUGGCAUACAAGUUGCAUCGCGAGUGCGGGAAACAUAUCAACCUGUAUGAUUGGCUUCAGGCCUUCGCUUCUGUACUCAAGCCCGAUGACGAUCAGCGUGACCACGACUCUACCAUACAAGUUCGUUUCACGCGUGCAGUAGCGGAGCUUCAAUUCCUUGGUUUUAUAAAAUCGUCUAAACGAAAGACUGAUCACGUGAUGCGCUUAACUUGGUAGUUUGUAGUAAAACCUGUGGAUUCAUUAAAUUAUUUUUUGAAUUUUG